AUGGAUGUGAAUAAAAGUGACAGACAAAUAGCAGUGGUUAAGGUGUUUUGCAGUAAAGAGGAUUGUCAGAUUGCUUUAUCCAUAUACGCAAUAAAGAAGCAUUUCAAGUUCACACAGACAAGGACAAAGAUUGAUUCAUUUGUUGUAGAGUAUCCUGAUACUUGUAAAGCUGGUACAAUUGCAUAUUUGGAAAUUGAUCUAGAUGAAGACGAGGAUGAACGUUUUCUCUACCUAUUUCUAGCGUUUGGUGUUUCGCCGAGUGGAUUUAGGAAGUUAAGGCAUGUAUUGGUGAUAUAUGGUACACAUCUAAGUGGCAAGUACAAGGGGGUGUUGUUGACUGCUAACGGGCAUGAUGCAAACUUCCAAAUAUUCAUGAUUGCAUUUGUGGUUGUGGACAGCGAAAAUGAGGAUGCGUGGACAUGGUUUUUACAGAAAGUUGAGAGGAUCCUUUGUGAUUCGCUUAGUCUUGCAAUAAUAUCUGAUAGGGCGGAAAAUAUAGUAACGGCCGCAGCAGUAGCCUAUAUGCCCCGAGGGUACAAGGAACUUUAUAGCAAGAUAAGGGUGACUAAUAGUGCGUGUGGUAUAUAUUUGGGAAAGAUCAGUGUAGCUCGUUGGUCAAGAUCUAAUUUUUCUGGUGAUAGAUAUAACAUCAUGACUAGCAGUAUUUCUGAGCAACUUAACAAGGCGUUGUUGGAAGGCAGGGGUGCCCCAAUUGUUGAGGUUGUAACAUUCAUCCAAAAGAUGAUACCUAGAUGGUUAUGUGCUAGAAGGGAAAAGGCAAAAAAACAUAGAGAGGUGGUGAGCGUGGAAGUGGACAAAGAGAUGACAAAGAACAUGGCAACUGUGAAAGGGAGCAAGAUAAAUGCGGUUUCUACCUGGAACAGUGAAAUUGUUGGGAAGUUUGGCAGGAAAGACAAGGUUAUGCUAUCUAAGAAAAAGUGUAGUUGUAAGUAUUUUGAUUAUAUCGAAAUACCUUGCGGCCAUGCUAUGAUAGCAGUAGACGGGCUUGGUGUGCCUUACGACACACUGUGUGGGGAUUGGUACAAAACAUCAGUAUGGAAGGAGACAUAUGCAGGCUUUAUCAGUCCAAAGAGUGAUCUUAGGGAUGUUAACAUACUAGAAAAAGUUAGCAGUAUGAUCAUGUACCCUCCUAAUACAAAAAGGCAAGUCAUCCGCGAUCACAAAACACGCAUACCGUUCACAGGCGAGAUAUGGGUGAUGGCUCCAAAGAAGAAAGUAGUCGCUAACAGAUGUGGGAGGUAUAGAGGGUAA